AUGCCGUCACAAGACGCGAACCCGAACGUGCGCAUGUUGCAGGCGCAGACGUUGUCGGUCACAAUGAUCAGCAAGAGCCAUGCGCCGGAGCGGAGGCGGCAAGUGGCGUAUCGCACGUACCCUAGCACAACGGCGUUUGUGGACCCGAAGCACGCGAAGGGCGGCGGUGUGAGCAUGAUGUACAGUGACCGCAGCGUUCGUUGGAUGGAUUCUGGCGUGAAAGUUCCGGAGACCCAGGUGUCGUACAUGCAGACUCCUGCAGACUUCUCACGUGGCCGUGAUGGUUUCGACCCGGCAUCUUUUGCUGGUACGAAUGCUGUGUUCUGUCGCCAAGCCUUCGACUCGAUAGGUGGCUUCCAGUACGGUAUGCUCAUACGGACGAUGCGCUUGCGAGAACGUGGUUCACACUUCUGGUUGGGACUCGGUGUACUUCCGCAAGGAUUUUAA